AUGAAAGAAAAUUCAAAAAUUUCAGAAAGGGAGAAAAUUAAUAGUUGGCUUGAAAAACAGAUUCUAAUUUGGAACGGAACUCCAAUAAGUAAAUUAUAUGGUAAAAGCAGAGUUUCCCAGCUCAGUCCAAACAUAAAGGUAGAGAAAAAUGAUAUUGAACAUGCUGAAAAGAAUGAGGGAACUAAUAAGUCAAAUUUAAAUGAAGAAGAGAACCCAAAACAAGAAAUUUCAGGUCAAAUUUUAACUAAGAUUGAUAAUCAGAACAAUCCUGACGGUAAUAUGAAAUUGAGAUUUAAGGAUUGGUCAGAUUUACACAACUACUUAUUAGUAUCAAUGAGGCGAGAACAGAAGAAUAAUAUAUAA